CUGGACAGUGUCUCUUCUCUGCUUCCCCUCCUUCCCUCCUCUGUUACAUAACCGCACAUUGGCUCAUUUCGCUGCCUGCGCUCUCUCACAGAGGUGCCCUUUUUCUUUUUCUCUUCAUCCGAUUUUUUUUUCGGCUCACUACGAUGAGUCUGAGGAUCAUUGUUGCUCUGGCCGUGUUAACUGGGGUAACUGGGAGCCCUGGUGUGACCAUCAGACCUGUGGCUGACUCAGCGGACUCAGCUCAUCCCAACAGCGUCCCAGAGACAGUGGAGGAAACGGAGAUCUUUGGACAGCAGAUACAAUUAUUUGAAGAAGAGGAAGCUGAAGAGGAUGUGAUGGCGACUGGAGAGCUGAACCCCAAACACUACCCCGCUCAGAGGGCAGCCAAAGUGGUCCAACACUACCUCAACACCCGCUACGGCUCCCCGUACAGGGUGUUCGGACUGCAGAGGGUCCACAGCGGGAAUGCAGAGGAUGUGGCAGACUCCAGGAGAAAGUAUCAGCUGGAGAUCUCAGUGCAGGAGAUGAUCGGCAAUACUACUGAGAACUGCUCUGCAGAGGUCUUGUUUGCGAGGGGUGAACAGCAGCGCUCGGCCCAGGUCCAGGCCUCGUGUGAGGCGCUCCUUAAGAUCGACACUAAAGCUCAAGAAGAGGCGUUUUACCAGCAGUGCAAGAUGAACCAAAGCCUGCAGUCGGCACAGUAUCUACCUGAUAGCUACGGUCACAUUGAGCCCGACAUGAAGCCUCUCUGGCACCUCGGUAUUGUGGCCUCCAGCUUCAUCAUGCUUAACGAAUCGACUGAAAACACUCUGUACAACAUGGCCCAGGUGGCCAACGUCACGCAGCUGCCGACUGAGAAUGACCAGCUGAAGUUUGACUAUCACAUACUGCUGCAUGAGAUGGUGUCCCAGGAAAUCAUUCACUGGAAACUGCUGUUCACCUGGUCUCCUGCAGAGGGAGUGAAAGUGCUGCAGAUGGAGCAGCUGCCACACUGCCAUGAUUGUGAAAAACCUCCAAACACAAACUAAACUGCUGACCGUCACCACCCUGAUGCUGCUCACAUUUUGUAUUCAGCUAUUGGAGCAUAAAUUCUGCAGGUGCUAAGCCAAGACUUGCUGCUGAUGCUUGCAGAAAGUUUAUACUAUUAAAACAUGGAUGAAUCUAUCACAUAUGAUGUUAUCUGUCAAAUCUGCUACUUUUGGUUUCUAUAGUAUGCUAGCCGAAAUAAACUGUUUAUACAGAC